AUGUUUAAGAAGAUUAAAAGAAGAACACAAGGACGCCGCAACUUUGACGGCCCGGUCACAUAUCUUUCUGGGCCUGCCGAUGAAACUAUUCUGAAAGAAUACCCGGAUAGGAUAUCGUUCUAUAAACUUCCACCUAUGACCGAGGUGACUUUAGAUCAGUUUGAGACCUACGCAAUAGACAGACUUAAGAUCUUAAUAGAAAUAAGUAAUUUGCAAAGUCAGGGGACAAACUAUAGUGAUCUUAUCAAGCUAAUGACAGAAAGAAUCAAGAUGCUGAUGCCAUUACAUUCUCUAAACACACUUGAGCCAGAUCUAUUACUUGAGGAAAGACGAAAAGACCACUACUCACACUUUAUACUCCGUCUCGCUUUUUGCAGGAGUGAGGAACUAAGAAAGAAGUUUAUUAGUACUGAGACAUUCCUGUUUAAGUUGAGGUACUCACAGCUCACCAAGAGUGAGAAACAGCAAUUUAUAAAUAGCUUGGACGUUCCAUGGGAAGAGGUCACUGACAGUGAAAAGGACGAGUUGAAGGCAGAACUGAUUGCUACGCAUUUUAAUGAUGUUUCCAUUGGUUUCAAGCAGGGAAUACUAGGUGGUUCUUCGAACUACAUACAGCGCAAAGUGGUUGACGAGAAGGAUGUCUGGGAGUGUAUCAAAGACGAGAAGGUGAGCAAACUACCAUGGGAAAAUGUUCCUGACCUUGUUGCCAGUCGGAAGGUUGUGGUGAGGAAGGGGGACGCUUACGUACCUGAGUUUUUGCAAAUGAACCUUUUGGCUAAUGAAUUCGGGAAAUACCUUGAAGAACAGCUACUAAUCACCAUGAGAUUGCUUCCAGGGCUCGAUGAAGACGAGCGAUUGGUCCCUGUUUUAGACAACUUGUCCAAGGGGUACAUUAGCAGUGAGUUCCAGGGUUUCCAGGACGGAGGAGAGCAAGCGGACUCGGAGGUCAAUGCGGGUAACGUCAAGCAAUUUGAAAAAUACUUCCCAGCUUGUGCCAGACGUCUAGCGGAUGGGUUGGAUGAGCACCACCAUUUACGGUAUACCGGCAGACAGCAGUUCACAUUGUUUUUAAAGGGUAUUGGGAUGGGCCCGAACGAAUCCUUGAAGUUCUGGCAACGGAUGUUCACCAGCGGGCCCGGCGCCAUGACAGUGGAGAAGUUCAACAAGGAGUACAAGUACAACUUCAGACACAGCUAUGGUCUUGAGGGUGCCCGGAUUAACUACAAGCCGUGGAGUUGUACCCAGAUCCUGUCGAAGCCGAAGCCCAACAAGCAGGAGUCACACGGGUGUCCGUACAGAGACCUGCACAGUGAGAGCCUCACCACGCUGUUACGGAAGAUGGGCAUGAAGGACGACGGCAACCUGCAGAAGGUUCUCGAGUUGAGCGACUCGAGAGAGUACCAGGCUGCCUGCACGAAGGUCUUCGAGGUCCUCAACUCGGCCACCAUCCAGGAAAAUAUCGGCAAGGGUCUCAGCGUCAUGGAGGCCCCGAUCACUCACCCGAACGACUACUUCAACAGGGGAGUGUUGUACGAGAAGCGUCUUGAAGAGAAGACAGGUUGA